AUGACCAUACUACGGGUGCCCACGCCGUUACCUCCGUCGUCCACGAAAGAAAUGAAACAGCGCACGUCGUUCAAGCCCCUUAAGUCGCUGGCGUCCGUGCAUUGGACGCGCCUUCGUCUCUGGGCAGCUUCGAAGAACCCCAUCCACUUGACAGCCUCGGCAGCUACAUUAGCCUCAUCCACGUCACUGCUCUUGGACGACACAGACACGGACGACGACUUGACGACCGACUUCGUCCGACCGCGAGGCCGCUCAGACCCGGGGCCGCCGCGCAAACAGACCAAACUGUUCGCGGCAUGGCGUACCGUUGAGUCGGUCGACUUGGCGGUCGGUCGCACACGUUAG